UAGCAUUUGCAGACGCCAUUCGAGAUACAAGAGGAGACUCUCGUGAUCCGGACACCGGAAGCGUGCAGGAACCGCGACUCACCCCGUUCAUGAAAUUUCCCACGACUCGAGCACUACACCGACCGAGCUCAGCGACUCGCCCUCCACACGCGCACGAAACAAAUACACUCGUUCAACUCCCUACCUCUAGUCCUGGCUUGGACGCUCGCAACGACUACCUGCGCGACACUAUGGAAGCGCGAUCAUAGCCGGUGAUAGCAGCAUCAAUUUCCAACGACAUCGACAUCUUCCGAAGUAUACAUCAGGCGCAGCAGAACCAGGCAUGGAGCGACCCUCGGGCGUAUCGCCUGGGGUGCCAGGAGGUGGUCUGCAGGCAUGGGUCUCGCAGGCCGUGGUAGCAUCGUUCAUGGCAGGAGGCGUGGCAGGCGCCGUAUCGCGAACAGUCGUGUCUCCAUUGGAGAGGUUGAAGAUUCUGCUGCAAGUGCAGUCCAAUGGCCGGACAGAAUACAAGAUGAGCAUACCGAAAGCAUUGGGAAAGAUUUGGAAGGAGGAGGGCUUCAAAGGAAUGAUGGCUGGGAAUGGCACGAAUUGCAUACGCAUCGUGCCCUACAGCGCGGUACAAUUUGGCAGCUACAAUCUUUACAAACCUUACUUCGAACCCGCACCUGGCGAGCCUCUCACACCAGUCCGCAGACUGUGCUGUGGUGCAGUAGCGGGCAUCACCUCAGUUACCGUCACAUACCCUCUGGACAUCGUGCGAACGCGAUUAUCGAUCCAAUCGGCCUCAUUUCGAGGUCUCACGAAAGAGCAAGUAGAGAAAAAACUGCCAGGCAUGUGGGCAACGCUGAAGAUCAUGUACAAGACCGAGGGUGGCUUCAUGGCGCUCUAUCGAGGGAUAGUACCCACGGUUGCCGGCGUGGCGCCAUACGUCGGCUUGAACUUUAUGGUCUAUGAGAGUGUGCGCCAAUACUUCACUCCGGAGGGACAACAGAACCCGUCAGCCGUCGGCAAGCUCAGCGCCGGAGCAAUCUCAGGCGCAGUGGCUCAGACCAUCACAUAUCCCUUCGAUGUCCUCCGCCGCCGGUUCCAAAUCAACACCAUGUCGGGCAUGGGAUAUCAAUACAAGAGCAUAUUCGAUGCUGUUCGCGUAAUCAUUGCAAAUGAAGGAAUCGCUGGAAUGUACAAAGGGAUAGUACCCAAUCUUCUGAAAGUAGCCCCGAGCAUGGCGAGCAGCUGGCUGAGCUUCGAAUUGACGAGAGACUUCCUCGUGAGUCUGAAACCGGAGAUUGUCACUCAGGACGAGCCGCAAUAGGGAUACGCUCGAGCCGGAAGAGUUUCAGCUCAAGGGCCCAGAGAUCUGAUACGCUCCGGUCGACCUAGAGAGGAUUCAGCGCGAAGAGCCAUCUCGCAUUGAACACAAUCACGGAACCUUAGCCGCGAAACCUGAGAAGGUCACCAGUUAGACGGUCUUGUUCCAUCGAAUGGUACCACGGGACAAAUCACGACGCGUGGAUCCACGCACCAUAUUGAGCAGAAGUCCUUGCCCUGACAUUGUCUGGGCAGAGAGAGAAAAUGAGCACAGCACGCCCACAGG